AUGAGAUAUUUGUAUACAUUUGUACAGCAUUGUCCAGCAGUAUGGUCUGAAAAUGAUGAAACAUGGGAUGAAAGACGAAUUUCAUGGAAAACAAUAGGGAGCCAACUUAUACAACAUCCAAGAGAAGUAGCAUUAAAAAAUGAUAAAUUAAAAAUUUUACUCGAUAAAUUUUUUAACGAAAACUUCUUUUUACCUAAAGUGUGUUACUUUGUUAUAGAAUAUAAAAGUGGAAGAUUAGAUGUAGGUUAUGAUAGUAAUCUUUAUGAGCCAAAUGCUUAUGUAAUAUUAGAAGCAGAUAGAGGAGAAGAUUGUGGUAAAAUACUGGGUAUAACAUCAGAAAGUAGAUUUAAUUUCAUAUAUCAUAAAUUAAAAGAAGCUGCUAACGAAAUUGAAGCCAAAAAAAUAUUAAGAUACGCUACAGAUGAAGAUAUUUAUGAUCUUGUAACAAGGGAACAGGAUGAAAUUGACAGCUUGGAAAAGUGUAGAGAUUUAGUUACAGCCAAUAAUAUUAAUAUGGAAAUAUUAAGUUGUGAAUAUCAAUGGGAUAAAAAGAAGAUCACAUUCUAUUUUAGAAGUUCCAAAAGGAUAGAUUUUAGAGAAUUGUUAAAAGAUCUUUUUAAAUUAUUUAAAAUAAGGAUUUGGCUUUGCGCAGAAAAGAAAUCGAUAAAUAUUUUACUAAAAAGUUUACUAGACUAA